CUCAAGUUUAAGGUCCUAUAACAUCAAUGACAAAAUUUCUUGGUGGCAUCUCUUUUGCUCUUACAUUACUAGUUCUUCACUCAUCAGUUCAAGCAACAACACCAAUUUCUCAUGUCUACAUUGUCUAUUUAGGCGCUAACCGGCUUCAAAACGCUGCUUUAGCUUCAAGCCACCAUCUUCAUCUUCUUUCACAAGUCUUUACAAGCAAAGAAGAUGCGGAACGAUCCAUGUUGUACAGUUACACCUACGGCUUCUCAGGCUUCUCUGCAAAACUCAAUUCAACACAAGCUGCUUCUUUAGCAAAAAUGAACCAGGUCAUAACGGUAUUCAAGAGCAGAAGCUUGAAACUGCACACAACAAGGAGUUGGGACUUCUUAGGUCUCACCGUCGACAACACCGGCCAUACUCCUCCUCCGCCGCAGCUCGCUUAUGGUUCCGACGUCAUCGUCGGAAUCUUCGAUACUGGGAUUUGGCCGGAAUCGGAGAGUUUCAAGGAACCGCCGGAGGCGAAACCGAUACCUUCAUCGUGGAAAGGAGAAUGCGUCGGAGGAGGAGACGUACAAUGCAACCGCAAACUCAUCGGCGCACGGUUCUACCUCAGAGGAUUCGAGGAGACGUACGGGGAGCUCGACCGCACGCGAGAUCGCGAGUACAGAUCGCCGCGCGAUGGUCUCGGCCACGGCACGCACACGGCCUCCACCGCCGUCGGAUCCGUCGUCUCCGACGUCUCCGGUUUCGCCGGCGGCACGGCUCGAGGCGGUGCUCCGUCGGCGAGGCUGGCGGUGUAUAAGACGUGCUGGGGGAAGGAUCUCGAGGGGGUCUGCACGGAGGCCGACAUCUUGGCGGCUUUCGACGACGCGGUACGCGACGGGGUGAGCGUGAUCUCGGCGUCUUUCGGCUCGUCGCCGCCUCUGACGCCGUUUUUCGAGUCCAGCGCUGAUAUCGGAGCUUUUCACGCGGCGGAGAGAGGGAUCAGUGUUGUUUUCUCUGGAGGGAAUGAUGGGCCUGAUCCUGGGCUUGUUCAGAACGUUGCUCCUUGGGCGGUUUCUGUUGCGGCUUCGACGAUGGAUCGGAGUUUCCCGACAAGCAUUAUUAUAGAUGGUGGUUACACUCUCACGGGGCAGAGCUUGAUUUCUCAGGAGAUCAUUGGUACAUUAGCUCUUGCAACAACGUAUUUUGAUGGAGGGGUUUGCAAAUGGGAGUACUGGUUAAAGAAACUAGCCAAUGAAAUGAUAAUUCUAUGCUUCUCUACUCUGGGUCCGAUUCAGUUCAUCGAAGAAGCACAAGCUGCUGCAGUAAGAGCAAACGCAUCAGCCGUAAUAUUUGCAGCCUCCCCCACAAAACAGCUUGUGGAAGAAGUAGACAAGAUCCCAACAGUUCGAGUUGAUAUCAUCAGUGGGACUAGGAUCAGGAACUAUCUUGCUCGUUCGCCUACUACAGUGCCAAUGGUGAAAGUUGGACCGAGCAAAACUGUUAUUGGAGAGAUUACAGCACCUUCUGUUGCAUAUUUCUCCUCAAGAGGACCUAGCUCACUCACACCUGAUAUUCUCAAGCCAGAUAUUACAGCGCCAGGAAUUGGGAUAUUGGGAGCAUGGCCUCCUAAAACUCCGCCUACACUGUUACCAGGAGACCACCGGUCUGUUGAGUGGAACUUCCAAUCCGGAACGUCAAUGUCAUGUCCUCAUGUGGCUGGAGUUAUGGCACUUCUCCAAUCUGCUCACCCUGAUUGGUCACCAGCUGCAAUCCGAAGCGCUAUCAUGACCACAGCGGGUACAAGAGACACGAGCAAUGAAUUGAUCCUCUCUGGUGGUUCGAUGAAACCCACUGACCCGUUUGAUAUCGGUGCUGGACAUAUAAACCCAUUGAAAGCAAUGGAUCCUGGUCUGGUUUACAUUACAAGAACGGAAGACUACGUGCUCUUCUUGUGCAACAUUGGCUAUACAGAUCAACAAAUCAAGUCCAUGCUUCUUCUCCAUUCAGAAUCAUCCGCAACAUGCCUUCCAUCACACUCUUAUCGAACCAAUGCUGAUUUCAACUAUCCAUCUAUUACCAUACCGAGGCUAAGAUCCACUAGGACCAUAAAACGUACUGUAAGCAACGUUGGUCCAAACAAAAGCACGGUUUACUUCGUGGACAUCGUUAGACCAGUGGGAGUGGAAGUUGAUGUCUGGCCGCGGAUUCUGGUCUUCACGAAGUGCCAACAAGAACACUCGUAUUACGUUACGUUCAAGCCAACCAAGACAUCCUCUGGUCGUUAUGUAUUUGGAGAGAUUGUUUGGACAAAUGGGUUCCAUAGAGUUAGAAGUCCCUUGGUUGUGUUCUUGAGCAACAGUGGUUUUGUUGCAAAGUAGUUGAUAAGAAAACAUGUUGAACGAGAUGAUGUUCUCUCGUCGCUAUGUACUUUACUACUUACUGAUGGAUAUAAGAUUCUAUUAUGAGAAAGC